AUGUCCAAAUUCUGGCCCAAAGGUGGCCUCCCAGGCAUUCUACACCACUACGUACAUCCCCCGCGCCCCUCCCACCCAUCGCACCAACUAACGAAACCACAGACCGAAACCCUCGUAACCUUCGAAUCAGCCUCCCUCACCAAACGCCAACCACACAGUCUCCUCUUCGUCGGCGGCCUCGGCGACGGCCUCGCCACAACCUCCUACAUGGCCGAUCUCGCGUCCGCCCUGAAGGACACCGAAUGGUCCCUCUUCACGCUAAACCUCACAUCCUCCUACCAAUCCUGGGGGCUCGGGCAUCUCGACCGGGACACAACCGAGAUCGCGCAGUGUCUUGAGUACAUCAAGAGCUACAAGACGGAUAAAUUCGGACCGGGGAAAAUCGCGCUAAUGGGCCAUUCGACGGGCAGCCAGUGCGUGCUACACUAUCUGUCGCAGUUGAAUCCGCACACGAGUUGUCCAAGCUUCGACGCGGGCAUUGAGCAUAUCACGCGGCCGGCGCUGGACGGAGCGAUUAUGCAGGCGCCUGUUUCGGAUCGCGAGGCGAUUUUCUGGGUUUUGAAGUGGGGGAUUGGGGAUACGAGUGCUGAGAAGGCGAGGGAGGUGUAUUAUGAGAUGGAGAGGUUGGCGAAGGAGGCUGUUAAGGAGGGGAAGAAACUUGAUACGAUUUUGCCGCUGGAGUUGACGUCGUUGAUUUAUCCGGCUAAUACGCCGAUUAGUUGUCGGAGGUUUUUGAGUCUGGUUAGUCCUGAGAGUCCGCAGGCGCCGCUGGAGGAUGAUUUGUUUAGUUCGGAUUUGAGUGAUGAGCAGUUUGGGAGGACUUUCGGGAGGAUUCAGGAGAUUGGGCUUUUGAGGCAUAAGCUGAUGGUUUUGAUCUCUGGGAAGGAUCAGUCGAUUCCUGAUUGGGUUGAUAAGGAGGUGUUGUUGAAGAGGUGGAGGAAGGCUACGGAUCAUGAGGGGAAAUAUCGCAUUUGGGAUGAGGUGCAUUCGGGGGUUAUCCCAAAUGCUUCGCAUGCUUUGAGCAAUGAUGAUCAGGCGGAGCCGAGGCAGUGGCUUGUUGAGAGGGUUUUGGGGUAUUUGAAGACGGCUGUGGAGAGGUCUUGA